CUCUUGUUCAUAUGAAGCUGCUGUCCACGGUGCUGAAACUCUCAGCCUGUGGAAACCGCUCCCCACCCUAGAGAACAAAUACCGGACCAAGGCGAUUUGACCCAGAGCCGGGACAAACCACAUUGGAGUCGGCAGAAUUUAUGUGUGUAUUGUUCAGACCCAGCAGUUCGUUUCCUUAGCAACAUGACUCAAGAAAAAGCCAGUGAGAAAGCAUCUUAGGUGACGAUUAUCUGCAUCAAAAAAGAACAAGAGCAAAACACGAACUGAUUAGGACCUGAUUUUUUUUCUCUUUUAAAAGCCUUUGAAAUCUUUAAGAAUGGGGGAUAAAAUGUUACCGGCCCAAGAAGCUGCUAAGAUCUAUCACACCAAUUAUGUGAGGAAUUCCAGGGCAAUAGGUGUUCUCUGGGCAAUUUUCACUAUUUGUUUUGCCAUUAUAACUGUGGUAAUUUUUAUCCAACCCUACUGGAUUGGGGACAGUAUCAAUACGCCCCAGGCUGGCUAUUUCGGAUUGUUUCAUUACUGUAUCGGGAACGGACUGACGAGGGAGUUAAUCUGCAAAGGAAGCGCCCUGGAUUUCGGCUCCAUUCCCUCGGGAGCAUUCAAAACUGCCAUGUUCUUCGUUGGUAUCUCCAUGCUUCUGAUUAUUGGUUGCCUUGUUUGCUUCAGCCUUUUUUUCUUUUGCAACUCUGCCACGGUCUAUAAAGUCUGCGCCUGGAUGCAACUUGCAUCAGCUACUGGCCUGAUAAUGGGAUGCAUGAUUUACCCCGAUGGCUGGGAUUCAGAUGCUGUCAAACAAAUGUGUGGGGACAAAACUGACAAGUACACUUUGGGAGCAUGUUCUGUUCGCUGGGCUUACAUCUUGGCAAUAAUUGGGAUCCUGGAUGCUCUCAUUUUGUCCUUCUUGGCCUUUGUGCUUGGCAACAGGCAGGACAGCCUUCUUCCUGAGGACUUCAAGGUAGAAAACAAAGAUGCAGACAAUGCCUAAAGACAACAACAACAUUCAUUUCAAUUACAAGUUGUUCAGCAUGUUCACAACACUGGAUCAAAGAAUCUUCAUAUUCUCCUCAGUAGGUGAAUUAUGUUGCAGAUUCC